AUAUUGCAGGUCGCAUGGAUUUUGAGCCAUCUGAGGGCAGGUACCUGGCUUACCCCAACAACAGGGAAGUGACCUUAUUGGAGUAUGAGACUUGGGGACAAAGGAUGACAUUCACACACAGCUCAAUAAAAUGUGCAAUAUCCCAAUGUCGCUUUUCACCAUGUGGUCAAUAUUUGGCGGCAAGCACCAUAGCCGGGCAGAUAGCGGUGUGGGAAGUACAGUCCGGUACUUGCACGGGCAUCAUCGAGCAUCCCACAUCACAUAAUGUUACAGCGAUAGCAUGGAACCCUAAAGGAAAUGGUGUGUUGGCGUAUUGCGAUGUGUCCGGGCAGCUGGGUGCACUGAUGAAUUGCUAUGGCAAGGACAGCAAGGCUGAUGCUGAUGCGCCUGACGAUGUUGAAAUGGUGGAGAGAGCUGAUGAUGGUAAUGACUUGGACAAUUUGAUCGAAAACUAUAACAGUGACGACGAUGACAACGCGAUAUCGCUAGAGAAGCUCAAGAAUGAAACGCUAGGGUUGGGGACAGUGAGAGACGAAGACGAGUCAAGACCCGUGUCGCGGCACGAGCCGGCGGCGACCACGGUGCCGCCGCAGGCGCCGUUCCAGCUUUCUGCGACCCCGGGACACCUUGAACAUAGAUACAUGUGCUGGAACGACAUCGGCAUAGUCCGAUGCCACACGCAGGAGAACGGCGAGUCGACCAUCGACGUAGAGUUCCACGACACCAACCUCCACCACGGGAUCAAUCUCAACAACUACCUGAAUCACACCAUGGCCAGCCUGUCUGCGAGCGUGCUGGUGUUGGCCUGUGAAACGUCUAGGUUAGUUAGGCCCAUUUGUAUCAUUCCGCCAACCCGGGGUUAACCGGUUAAACCUGGAGUUACCAUGGUUAUUUACCAGUACAAUUUGACACUAGGUUAA